AUGGGUGAUUGGGUGUUGUGGCCCUCGAUUAAUGUCUCAUUGUUUCCUACACAAUCAUUCACUACUUCUCAGUUCACUAGUCAGAAGUCCCGAUCCUGGCGAGAGAGAGAGAGAGCAAUGUUAUGCAAGAGAAAGAGAAGCGCAGAGAAGGGAAACGGAGGAAGGUACGAGAAGUUGAGAGAGCAGAAGAUCAAAGAGAACAAGCAGAGGAUGCAGAACCUUGGCGUUGAAGACAUUGGCUCCAGUCAGAUAUGUAACAAAAACCCCAAACGCAAGCCUUUUGACAACGAUGAAAUUGAGAUUCACUUAGAAGAAGGUUGGAAACCGGAGAUAUAUACCCAUGAACACGAAAUUCUAUUCGGUGAUUGUGAAACGAGUUUGAAUCUGCUUGUAGAUGGGUUUGGAAGUGAUGGGAAACGCAUAUUUGAUCCUCUUGGUCUCCAUACACAUUGCAGCCAAUGCAAGUUGGUCCAAGGCCAACUCUCUGGAGAUUGCUUAUAUACAAGGUAUGGGGAGAAUGUGAUUGAAGUAAACCAAAAUCCCAACUGGAUUUGUCCUGUUUGUCGUCGAAUUUGCAGCUGCAGUCUUUGCUGCCAGCAAAAAGGGUGGAGACCACCUGGUUCUAUCUACAGAAAGGUUAAUAGGCUGGGUUUUAAGUCUGUUGCCCAUUACCUCAUCCAGACUUAUUGUGGUCAAGUGAAUAUGGAAAGUUUGGUUUCUGCAGAGCUCUUAACAGAUGCAGGAUCACCACAUUCUUUGCUGAAUGAAGCUAUAGAUAUUGAUGAGCACACUGAUGGAUCCCCAAGGCCUUUAGGUGAGGAAUGUGAAGAUGGCAAGCAAGAGGAGGUAAAGGAACUGCAUUGCUUAGAUAGCAAUAAUGAUAAUGAUGGUGCUGAUACCGAUGGCAAGUUAAAAUAAAAGGAAGCAUGAUGAACAUAGAAUUUUAAUGAAGCUAAAGUAUGAAUAGGCUACAAAGAUCAGGGGACUUCUUUCUUUCAAGAGUAGUGGUUCCUUUUGCGAGCAAGGGUUAUAAUUUUCUGCAGAUGUAUACAGGGGCAAGAAGUAAAUUAUAGCUUUUGGAAGGUUGGUCCAUUUUGCUGAGAGAGAAAAAAAAAGGUCUUUAUGCAUGCCUUGAUGUAACCAAAGUCUUUUGGGUACAAAGUAAUGGCCACAGUAUUACAGGUUUUGAGUCCCAAAGAUUGUUAGCAUGAUUUCCAAUUUCUGUUAGAUGGUAUAAUCAUAUGAUUGUGUGGAACCUGUAAAAUCCUGAACUUUCAAGCUUAAGCAGUAUCUUCAUCAUCUUUAGAUAGUUGUUGGCCUAGCAAAAUGGUGGACAUCGUCAUACAUGAUCUGCUGUUGAUUGAACCAGCAAACAGGCUUAGAA